UGGACUGACAGAAACGUCCAGAUCACACCAAAAUCAAAUCAGAUCGCAUCAGAAGAAGUCAGAAGGCAGAACGGACGCCGGGCGAAGUCGGCUGGACACUGUCCCGGCGGCGAACUAUGGCGCGGUGGCUGCUGCCCCUGACGCUGGCCCUGCUGUGGACCGUCGCCCGCGGCGCUGAUGACCUUGACCCCGACAAUGUCGUCCUUGACCUGGGCGACCGCAGCUACAGCGGCGUGUGGACCGUGCGCAGCGCCGACGGCAAGGUCAAGACCAUGGCUGCCGUUCCCGGCGGCGUGUACUCUGACCUCCGCCAUGAGGGAGUGCUGAACGAAUCGCUCUACUACCGCUUCAACGACGUCAACUACCGCUGGGUGUCGGAAAUGGAAUGGUCGUUUUCCCGCCAUUUCAACGUCGCGAAGGAGUUGCUGGACCGAAAAGUCGUGUUGCUCGUCUGCGACGGCAUCGACACGGUAAGCAACAUCUCCAUCAACGGCAAGCAAGUCGGCAGCACUGUCAACCAGUUCGUCCGCUACACGUUCGAUGUGAAGGCCGCGCUGCGGGAGGGCGAUAACCGCAUUGAGGUGUCGCUUCGCUCGCCGUCCGCCUAUGCGGCGGAGAAGUACGCCCAGCAGGCGCAGGACUACAUUGUGCCGCCCAAGUGCCCGCCUCCCCAGCAGCACGGCGUCUGUCACGCCAACCACAUCCGCAAGAUGCAGGCCUCCUUCAGCUGGGACUGGGGUCCGGCCUUCCCCAACGCCGGCAUCUGGCGCCCGAUCAGGCUGGUUGGCUUCGACGCGCUGCGCGUGGCGGACGUCAUGGUGGACGCGAGGCCGCAGAGCGAGGGUAAAGUCUUCGGCGCCUGGACGGUGCAGGUGAAGCUCCAGCUGGCCGCGGCCGGCACUGUCUCCGUCAACUACAGCCUCAGCAUCCCCGGCAUCGGAGCGCAGGCACGCGGCAGGUUCAGCGCCGACCGCACCUCCUCGGAGGUGGCACUCGACGCACUGAGCACGCGCAGCCUCGCGGCGGAGGACCUGUGGUGGCCGAACGGCCCGCUCGGCGCGCCGACGCUGCAGACGCUGACGCUGUGCCUGACGCUGACGUCGCCGAUGCCGCGCGCGCUGCCGUGCCGCAACGUCACGUUCGGCUUGCGCGAGGUGCGGCUGGUGCAGGACCCGGUCGACCCGGCCGACGCCGCCAAGGGCCUGACGUUCUUCUUCCGCGUCAACGGUGCGCCCGUCUUUGCCAAGGGCAGCAACUGGAUCCCGGCGGACGCGCUGACGGAGCGCGUGACGCCGGCCUACCUGCGCCUCCUGCUGACGUCAGCGCGCGACGCCAACAUGAACAUGCUGCGCGUCUGGGGCGGCGGUAUCUACGAGGACGACACCUUUUACCAGCUGGCCGACGAGCUGGGUCUGAUGGUGUGGCAGGACAUGAUGUUCGCCUGCGCCAUGUACCCGGCGGACAACGCGUUCCUGGCCACGGUUCGCCAGGAAGUGCAAACGCAGCUAUGGCGGCUUCAGCAUCAUCCCUCCAUCGUUAUCUGGGCGGGCAAUAACGAGAACGAGAAGGCGCUGCGUCAGAACUGGUACGGCACCAAAGGCGACUUCGACCGCUACAAGGCUGACUACGUCUCCCUCUAUGUCGACACCGUUCGCGACGAGCUGACUAAGGUCCUCGGCAGCGCCGACGCCUUCGUUACGUCCAGCCCCAGCAACGGACGCGAGUCGGACGCCGAGGGCUACGUCGCCAAGGACCCGGGUAGCAGCCUAUACGGCGACGUGCACGUGUACGAGUACAUCCUGGACAUGUGGAACACGACCGUCUUCCCGCGUCCGCGCUUCUCCUCCGAGUACGGCCUGCAAUCGUGGCCGUCGCUGCUGUCGCUGGCGGCCGUCUCCGAGCCGCACGACCUGUCCUACAGCUCCGACUUCGUCGCGCACCGUCAGCACCACCCGCUGGGCAACGCCGAGCUUCUGGCGGAGAUCAAGCAGCACUUCCAGCUGCCGCAGGACCUGGACAGCGCUGGCGGCUUCGAGGACCUGGUGUACCUCUCGCAGAUCAACCAGGCGUUGGCGAUCCGCAGUGAGACAGAGCACUACCGGCGCGGCCGUAGCGAGCUGACCGACAGCGGCGAGGGCCUCACGUUGGGCGCCAUGUACUGGCAGCUGAACGACAUCUGGCAGGCACCGACGUGGGCCUCGAUCGAGUACGGCGGCCGGUGGAAGCUGCUGCAGUACGCCGCGCGGCGCUUCUUCGCGCCGCUCCUGGCGUCCGUCUACGUCACCGGCUCCGGCAAUGCGACGGAGGUGAUUGUCUACGCCGUCAGCGACCUCGCGGCCGACAUCGCCGGCGCCAGUCUGCGGGUCUCCGUGUACGACUGGGACCGGUUCCAGCCCCCGACGACGGAGCAGCUCGUGACGAACCUGACGAUCGAGGCGGGCGCGGCGCGGCGCGUCUGGUCGGCGCCCCUAUCCGACCUCGUGCCCGACCCUGGCCGCCGGGUGGCGCGGUUCGCGCUCGUUGACGCGGCCGGCGUGGAGCUCGCCGAGCCCAGCGACCUCUACCCGACGUCGUUCGAGUCUGUGCUGCUGGGGAUCGCGACCGUGCGCGUGGUGGCCGUGUCGCCGGCGCGUCUCGACAAUCGGCUGACGACCGACCGGCUGCGCGUGACACUGCAGGCGGACGCGCCGGCGCCGUUCGUCUGGCUCGAGACGCCGCUCGCCGGCAGGUUCUCCGACAAUGGCUUUACCAUGCUUGAAGGCGCACGCCGAGGUGGAGUUUCGUGGCGGAGGAGCCGACCGACGCUGUCACCCUGAAGAAGACGCUGACGGUGAAGUCGCUGCAGGACGCGUAUCAGGACUAGACUGCUGCCUCGCGAGCGCGUGCCGCGAGGUGGCGUGUGAUGGUGUUGUGGUCAUCCCGGUGGCGCGUAUUAACGUGUCACCGUGUCACACGAAGUGCCAUCGUGAUCGCAGCAUGACACCGCACCACAGGUCUGGCUUGAAGCGGCCCUGGGUCAUAGAAUAAAAGGUGCUACGCAUAGCUAAAACAACGGAAAAUGUUGAACGGAAAAUGUCGUCGAAACAUGUUACACAUUGGCAGGUGUAUCGUCCAGUUCGGUGUCAAGCUCCUUGCGGGAGCGAGAGGCGGUGAUGCUCGGUGGCAGGCGGCUGCCGGAUGAGGCCGCAUGGUGCGAACACACAGCUGUUGGAUUAAUGUGGCAUAAAAAAACAA